AUGUCGAAUUUGGUUGUUAGUAAUACCGACAUGAAUCAAAAAACUCAUGACGAACUACAAGAUCAGAAUGAAAGUGGCUUCAAUUUGCAGACCAACGAAGGUGAUCUACCUGGCUUAACUGAAAAACAGUCGGAAAAGCCAUUGAUGAAAAAUUCGUCAAUCAAGGAAGAUUCCCGCGUAUCUGAGAAACCAAGUGUUAGUGAAUCUGAUGAAGUGAAACAACCAGAAGACAACGCUCCCGAUUCCAACAAUCAGCUCGCUCAUAAUUUACAUGGCGAAGCUUUUCAAAGACCCGAUGGUGUAAAGGGACAGCAUUUGCAGGUUUAUACUCAAGAAUUUCAUGUUCAGACUCCUGUAACACCACAACCCAUGACAGGCAGGACUGUUGCAUCACCAAACGAUGAUAUAUCCCCUACUGAAUCAGUAGCUUCGACAAAGCCAGAUUCAGUUUUAUCAGAUAGACAAGGGGGAUUCGCACCUGCGUCAAGAAGUACUGUGCGUAUCUGUCUGUAUCACAAACUUUACAACAAAUGGUAUCUUAACAUGAAUGAAGAUGAUGAUAAUCAGACGAUUGCAGCAUACGCUCAGCAUUUUAGCAGCGACAACCGUCCAUCUAUCUUUUAUUUGCUUCAAGGUAUUUCCUUUGGUCCAGAGUAUGACUAUGUGUUACGUCGUAAACAUUGGUGGAAUCCUUUGAGCGAAAAAGAUGCCGAUCUGUAUAUGAGCGUUAUCAGAAAAGUAAAAUUUAUGGUGAUGAAGAUGUAUUGA